AUGGACCCCACAGCCAAGGACGAAAUGCAGCCUUCCCUUCCUCCUGGGUCAGAGUGGCCGGAGCAGGAGAGGGCGGAGCAGCUGGCCCGGGGAGCAGCACUCAAGUGGGCCUCAGGCAUCUUCUACCGGCCAGAGCAGCUGGCCAGGCUGGGCCAGUACCGCAGCCGGGAGGUGCAGCGCACCUGCUCCCUGGAAGCACGCAUUAAGUCAGUGGUGCAGUCCUACCUGGAGGGUGUGAAGACUGGGGUGUGGCAACUGGCACAGGCCCUCGAGGCCGUGCAAGGAGCCCGUGAGGCCCUGGGCCAGGCCCGUGGGCUGCUCCGGGGCAUGGCCAACGCUGUACAGACCCUAGAGCCCUUGCGGGAGCAGGUGGUCCAACACAAGCAGCUGCAGGCCCUGUCUCAGCUGCUGCCCCGGCUGCGAGCAGUGCCGGCUGCGGUGGUCCACACACAGACCCUGAUCGACGCCCAUCGGCUCUUGGAGGCAUAUGGGGGCCUCAGGGAGCUGGAGCAGCUGCAAGAGGAGACGUGGGCCUCUCUGGGGGGCCUGGAGUUGCCCGUCUUUGAGGGGCUGGGCCCUCUGGCGGAGGCACUGGGCCAGGCUGUGGAGGCAGCUGUCGGGGCGGCAGGGCAGCUGGCCCGGGAGGACCCGGCCCUGUUGGUGGCCGCUGUGCGUGUGGCGGAGGUGGAGGCCGGCAGGACCACCCCCCUGGAGCAGGCCCCCCGGGACUGGCGACAGCGCUGUCUGCGAGCGCUAGAGGAGGGCCUUGAGCGGACCCACUUCGGGACGCCUCUGCUGCCUGGACCAGGGGCCCUCGCGGGGUGGCUGGAGGCUCUGCGGGUGGCUCUCCCAGCCGAACUGGCCACGGCGGAGGCACUGAUAGCACCCUGCUGCCCACCACACUACAAGGUGGUGCAGCUGUGGGCCCACACCCUGCACGGCGGCCUGCGGCGCUGCCUGCAGCAGCUCCUGGAAGGGCCCGAGCUGGGGGCCGCCGACGCCUUCACCCUGCUGCACUGGGCGCUGCACGUGUACCUGGGGCCGGAAAUGAUGGGGAGCCUGGAACUGGGGCCGGAGGCUGAUGUGUCUCAGCUGGAACCUCUCCUGACCCUGGAGAACAUCGAGCAGCUAGAGGCAACGUUUGUAUCCAAAGUCCGGGAGAACGUGGUGCAGUGGCUGCGGAAGGCACUGGAUGGGGAAGUGGCUGAAUGGGGCCGGGAGCGGGAGCCUGACACAGAUCCAUCUGGUUUCUACCACUCACCAAUGCCAGCCAUCGUGCUGCAGAUCCUGGAAGAAAACAUUCGAGUAACCAUCCUGGUCAGUCAGUCACUGCAGCGGCGGGUGCACGGCAUGGCCCUGUCAGAACUGGGGGUGUUCCUGAGAAGCUUUAAUGAUGCUCUGAUCCGAUUCUCCCGAGACCACCUCAGAGGGGAAGCAGUGGUCCCUCAUUACGUGUCCUACCUCCUGGCUGCCCUCAACCACCAAUCGGCACUCAGCUCCUCCGUGUCCGUCUUGCAGCCCGAAGGGGUGGUCUCAGGGGCCUUGGCUCCGGUGGAGGCAGCGCUGGACGAGUUGCAGAGGAGGAUCUGCCGGCUGGUGCUGGAGGCGCUGUUGCUGGAGCUCCAGCCCCUGUUCGAGACUUUGCCCUCGCGCCCUUGGCUGUCGAGCCCGGAGCUGCUGAGCAAUGUGUGCGAGCGGACAGCGCGCUUCUGCCGGAACUUCUGGCGUGUUCGGAACCCCACAUUCCAGGUGCUCCUGGCCGAGGCGGAGCGCACGGUGGUGCUGCUGUACCUGGGCGCGCUGAUGCAGGGCCGCCUGGUGUGCCGCGGGCCGGAGGAGCGGAACCAGGCAGCCGAGCGCAUGCAGCAGGAUGCCACCCAGCUCCGGGAUCUCUUCCUCGAUCUGGGCCUGGAAGAGAACGUUCAUUGCGCGCCGGUGCUGCUCACCCUGCGAAAGCUGCUGAACCUCCGCGACCCCACGAUGCUGGGCCUCGAGGUGGCGAGCCUUCGGCAGCAAUUUCCCGACGUAAGCGAGGAACAUAUCUCCGCCCUCUUGGACCUGCGCGGGGACGUGUCCCGGGAGCAGCGCCUGGCCGCACUCAGCUCCCUGCAGGACGGCCCGCAGCCCUCGCCCCGCGCGGGUCGCCGCGCCCUCUUCAGCCUCGUGCCGGCGCCCACGCCUUCCCCGUCCUGUCUCUUCUCGGGGUCCUGUGCCUGA